CAUGGAAUCACUCCAGGGCUCCCACUCGUGGACCAAAGACGCGACUCCCUCCGCGCCAGAGUGUCUUCGACGCUGUCCGAUGAAAGAGACCAAGAACUUAUCCACAGAUCCGAAAUAAUGGGCAAAGCACGGGCCGCCGUGCUGCCGAUGUCAUCUUGACCUCUCGGGCCUGUGAACCUCGGCCUAUCUCGGGUCUCGUCAGCCAUGGGCAAAAUGCUCCUCCACGCCGGGCUUGAGAAGCGCCUGAACGCCUCCAGCCCGCUUCUCCGCAUUUCUAGCACCCAUAUCUUUCUUUCUUUCCGCUUUCCCUCUUGUCGUCUUUUCGUUGAGGCCAUGAGAUAGCGCUCCCGCAUUUCAAUUAAUUGCGAUACCCUACAACCGGCUGCGUCAAGAUUCGCCGCUAGUCCGCCGUCACACCUCUCCAGAACUUCGAAUCUACCACCUCCUCCGGCGCUUUCACGAUGGCUGGCCAGUCGAAGGUCGAGAAGCUGCCGCCAUGGGGCAAUGCCAUCGCAGGCUCGGCCGGUGCUGUCGUAGCAAAUGCUUUGGUCUACCCGCUGGACAUUGUGAAGACGCGGCUACAAGUACAAAUGAAGCGCUCCCCGUCCUCCGCCGACAGCAACCCCGCCGACGACGAGCACUACACCUCCGCUAUCGACGCGAUAACAAAGAUAGUCAAAGCCGAGGGCAUAUCUGGACUGUAUGCGGGCAUGCCAGGCUCUUUGAUUGGCGUUGCGUCUACAAACUUUGCCUACUUCUACUGGUACACAAUCGUGCGCACCCUCUACCUCUCAUACCGUACUGUCAGCACCCCUCCGGGUACCGCCGCAGAGCUGUCCUUGGGUGCUGUAUCAGGAGCCAUUGCCCAGAUCUUCACGAUACCGGUUGCCGUUGUGACGACGCGGCAACAGACAGUCAGCAAGCACGAGCGCAAGGGCUUGAUCGCCACGGGCCAAGAGGUCAUUGAUAGCGAAGAUGGGUGGUCGGGGCUAUGGAGAGGACUGAAGGCCAGUCUGGUGCUCGUGGUGAAUCCUGCAAUCACGUACGGAGCCUAUCAGCGAUUGAAAGAUACACUGUUCCCAGGCAGAACGGCGUUGAAGCCGUGGGAAGCGUUCGUUCUUGGGGCAAUGUCGAAGGCACUGGCCACCAUCGCAACGCAACCUCUGAUCGUCGCCAAGGUCGGAUUGCAGUCGAAGCCCCCGGCAGCUAGGAAUGGCAAGCCUUUCAAGACGUUCGGUGAGGUGAUGCAGUAUAUUGUCCAGCAUGAAGGCCUUCUGGGCUUGUUCAAGGGCAUUGGCCCUCAGAUCAUGAAAGGCUUGCUUGUACAAGGCUUCCUCAUGAUGACCAAGGAGAGGAUCGAGCUCACGUUCGUCCUCCUCUUCAGAUACUUCCGCCAAGUCCGUGCCGAGAAGCUGCAGAAGUUGGCAGACUUCGCUGCCGAGAAAGCUCGCAAGGGCGGUCCCAUCCUCGCCAAAUAGACUCCGGCAUAGACGUUUGCUUCACCUUUAUGUACAUUUGCAUUUAGAGCUUCUACUUUCCCGCGCUCUCGGUCUUAUUGCCAAGCGCUCGGCGUUGGGGCAGUAUUUUGGAUAUAUACACGACUAUGUAGGACUUUGUGGAAUGUCAAUAUUCUUAUCCGACGCAAGUCGAC